GCAAUAGUGCAUCUCGUAAAUAUAAUGCAACCGAUUUUUCGCGCCCAGCAAUUUUAGGGCAAAGAGCGACACGACAGAGAAAAAUAAUAUUUAGAAAUUGUUUUCGUUGACUGUUUUGGGUGCCAUUUUGUACUUUUGAGGUCUUUCAGAUUAGUCGAUUAAGAUAACUAACUGUUUUCCUUAAUAUGCCUCAACCGAAAUGGUACGGAAAAUCUCUUUCGGCACUUUGCAUGGACAACAUCGUCGAUAACAUGGAGAAAUGGACGGCAUUACGUAGUUUGGAGCAUGUUUUCUAUCAUUUUCGUCUAUUGCCUUCACAUUGUCUGGAGUACAUGACUGAAUGUCUCUUGAAAGACUACUCGAUAACAGAGGAAACGUUUGAGUUACUUUUUAAAAGCCCACACAUGAAAGUUCUGGAUUUAUCAAAAGAUUAUCUGGGCACUGGAUAUGAUGCCAACAGAAAUUUUCGCAUCUUUCGUUUGGCAGCGGUCAAUUGUUUGCAACUUACUACACUGAAGAUUCGUGAUGGCCGCAGUGUUGCUUAUCUAAAAAAAAAAAGAAAUUCCAAAUUAGAAGAGACUUUUGCUUCUAUUUUGCAGCGUUUUCAACACUUGCAAAUUCUUGAUUUAUCUCUCACAUUUUAUGGUGCAAGAAGCAUGCUCAAACUUGGAUCAACUUGUAAACCAAAAAUAAGGGAGUUGAUAGUUGAUUACUGCCCUGGUGUGACCGAUACCGUAGUUAAAGUGUUUUGCAACAGUCAAAGUUCCCUUCAGAAAUUAUCAGUUUAUGGAACGGAAGUGACUGAUUCCGGAAUUCGAUUUGCUAUCGAACAUUUACCAGAACUGAAAGAAUUAAAUUGCGACAAUGAGUCUGAUAUCCUCAAAGCUUUUCGUAGAAUUCGUAAAGCCAGAGAAUCAAACAAAUAUUCUUUGACCAAGUGGAUAUGGAAUCCGCAAGACGAAGUCUCCUAUGAAAAAGGCAGCGUUUCAUUGAUGGUUGACAUGUGUCCGUCGAUUGUUCGUGUUUGCAUACGUGAAGACGACGAAGGAUUUACGGAUGAGGAGUUAUUAGGUUUUCGAAAACUUAAACAACUAAAACAUUUCGAAAUUUUGAUAUCCUUCCUACCGUCAAUCAUCUCUAUUCGCGGCGGAGUAAUUCCUCUUCUACAAUCUCUUGGCCUUACACUUGAACAUUUAAUUUUAUCGGAGGAAGUAACGAGUGAAGAAGUCUAUCUCAUCAUCGAGAGCUGCCCGAACAUUCGCCGUUUGCUACUUUUAAUAAAAAGUACCGAUCUGGAAACUCCCGAACCGGUGGUAGAUGACCGCGUCCACUCUUCUCUUUGUUCCCCAAAGGGAGUAAUUCCGUUAAGGAUGUUGGAAGGCAUCAUUUUUUCUUCCUAUUUUCCUCCGUUUGCUAUUUCACGCAAAUUGUUGCUAUUGCUUUUGUCUUCCCCUACUCUUACAAUGGUUUCGAUACGGAAUUGUUUUACGCUUGAUGACCAGAUCAUUGAGGAAGCUUGCGCUAAAAACAGUUUCAAGUAUUUGACCAAGUUAAAGUUUCACGGUUGUUCUAAUGUGAGCCAGAAAGGCAUCGAUUUCUUCCUGAACGAAUCGAAUCCAUUGUCCGAAAUUUCUUUAAAAAACUGUGGAAAUGUGAACCUUGAGCAUAUGAAAACCAUGGCUCAAGAGAAGCAUUGGAAUGUCAAGUGGAAUGUUGAAGAUUAAGAGGUGAUUGCAGUAAGAAAAUGCGAUCCAAUGUUUUUUUUUUUUAACUUUUUCGUUUUUCCUGCCAGACACUUAUUUCCUUAUGUUUAUACUGUAUGCUUUCACAAAAUCCUCACCUGGAACUCUCAUAAGAUUCUUUAUCUGGUGUACACGAGUCAAGGUUAAAUAGUCACGGAAUUCAAUAUG